AUGUCAAAGUGCGAGCAUAGGUCUUGGAUCGACCUGGCCCAGGGGAGGGCUGUGCCACAGAUCAACUAUGGGUCCCGGCUUGCGCAAUUGACUGGAGAGCUGCCCAAUCCCUCAAUUCAACUGCCGCAGGUUAUUUUCUUUAUGGGGCGACAAGUGAAGAACCAGGCAUUGCGCCAGCUGUGCGGGAGCAAUUAUCGCGGACAGGGCCGCCAUCACUUCAUUAAUCUGCGUCUAGAUAACCGAACAUGGCAUUCCUCGCAUCCUCGGUUCUUUGCUGACUGCGACCCGCUGAAUCAUUCACUGUUGCCCGCAUCCGAUCACCGACAUAUCUGUCACCAGGAACAAGUUUUCCCGGUUGAAUUACCCCCAACAGAAUAUUCGUUUCAUGACCUUGUACUUUCGCGAGUAUUAUUCCUCUUCGUGGAUGUUAUUUGUAUUUUUGCGGAUGAUGUCGGUGGCCCUGAAAAAGUCUGGGAACUUUUGUUGACAUGGGCCAAAAUUGGCUCGGCCUCUACUAUCGCACAAAUUAGACCCAGAGUCAUUAUUGUUGCGAGUGACCAUAUUCAAAGCCCAGCAAGCUCAUCUGAGGCAAAAGAAAGUUUUCUGUCCAGCCUCAUCGAGGCUUGUGAGGUUCCUUUAUUCACUGUUUUCAGUGAUAUCCAAUUUUCUCGCCUGCGCAGACCCGGUUUAUCCCCUGAGGCCCGCUACAUGAGACUUGGGAGCGACAUGGUUCAUGCACUUCGCGAAGCGCGUAAUUAUCGAGACUGCGAGCACGCUUUAUUCUCUGCAACCCACCUGAACGCUUUCUUUGAGCUUUCGCUAAGACAUUCUACUACUGCCUUAUUCUUGCCUUUCAACUUUGUUCACGCAUCAAGGCAGCGAAACCCUCUUGAUGGGUCAUUUGUGUCGCACUUGGUUGAAUUUUUCGCUCUUGGGAAUAGAAGCCGUGCCCCAUACGAUGAUGUCGCAUCAUACAUCGCCUCUGCGAUACUGAUGGAUGCCUACCCUCCAGGGAUGCAUAAUGGUGGAGGUCCUCGCGGUAUUAUUCCCCUGGAGAAUCUGGAGAUAGUACAGGAGCUCCUUGGCCCAGAUCUCCCCAUCAAUGAUCUUUUCGAGCUUAAAGUCGGCAGUAGCUCCGGGGGUAUUAUUGUUCUCACUAUAACAAUUCUCGCCAUGCACAUUUCCCAAUGCAAGGCUCUCUUUUGCGCAAUGGCAAGAAAGAUCUUUGCUCCCGCACGAAGAAAGCGAUAUCUGAGUUUUUGGCUGGCCGAUGGAGCUUAUGACACAAUUGCAUUUGAACAUACUCUCAAGGAGCACUUUGGGGAGUCUAGGCGAUUGUUUGAUGCUCCAAGGUCAUUUAUAUCCUCGGGUAAAGUUGCCGUCACAGCAACUUCCAUAAGAGAUGGAGCGCCGUACAUUUUCGCAAACUAUAAUGGAGCAGCGCCGCAUAGGCUGGAGCCAGCAUACGGAAGAAUCAUACCAGAUCUUGAAAGCGAGCCAUUCGUCUGGGAAAUUGCUCGAGCUACUGCAGCAGCCCCACCACUUUUCCCAACAAUUGAUAUACCUGGAUUAGGCACCUUUCAAGAUGGUGGGAUGAGACGGCAUAAUAACCCCGUUAAUCUGGCAUUGUCUGAAGCUCGGCAUUUGUGGCCAAACACUGCUGAUCCUGAUAUCCUAGUUUCUCUGGGAACAGGAUCAGAGGUUGCAAAUGUAUCCCCAAGAGCCUCGCGCUUCCGCAAUAUUCUCGUCGACGGAUGGGUACCCCGUGUAUAUCGCUCUCUGAGGUCGUCUUUUGAUGGCCAGACAACGUGGAGAGAGCUCGUGGGGCUUCUUGACGAUAGUGCGCGCGCAGGAUACUUUAGGUUUGAUUCGUCUUUUCCAGAUGGCCUGCCAGCGAUGGACAAUACUGAGUGUAUGGAUGAUUUAUCUGAACAAGUUCGAAAACACCCAGGAGAUCCAAACAACCACCAAGAUGCCGUUACGGCCUUGCUUAUUUCAUGUUUCUUUUUCCGGCUAGACGCCGUACCAGAGUACCGAGCCGGUCUAAUUCAAUGCACUGGCACGAUUCGGUGUCGCACUCAGGCACAGGCUCUGAUCACACGUCUAUCUAUGAUCGAACCGGGAAGAAUAGAGUUUUUUAAAGACAAAAUAAACCUCGGACUGGCCCUUUCUACCGAGGAUAUUUGCCAAGUCUGUCAUCGAUACUCAUUACCCGUUCGGUUUGUCGUCCGUGACCUCGAGGAAGUCGUCACAUUAUCGCUAAGGCUCGGUACUGCUACGCGACGAUUGAGUGCAUUUCCCAACAAAAUGCAAUGGUUCAUUGAUGAACAACAACUAAACUGUCCCUUUGGCUCUGCGAAUCACAGUAUUCCCUUACAGGUGGAUUGCCCUGCCUGUAGCACAAGUGCUCGAGGAAACAAAAGAAAAUACAUUUGA